AUGGAAUUUGGUAAGACCCUCUCCGCAAGGAGCGUCGACGUCUCCAAAGCCGUCAACCAAUUCUGCCAGCAUAUCAUGGACGCAAAGAAGGCAGACGAGACCCAGCGGGUCGAGGACGCGUUGUGGCACUCGUGGAAAGAGCUCUCAAGGGUAGUUGCGGAAACGAAACCUGAAGAUCAGGAUCCAAUUGUGGAGUUCUUGAAGAGGCUACGGAAUGGAGACGGAGGCGACUCAGAGCUGCAGGUUUGGGGAUGCGGGACCACUUUGAAGGAGCUUCCGCUCUUGGGGUCUGCAAUAAGAGAUGUGUGGAAUGAGGCUCCGGAUGAGAGGAGUCCGCCUGAGAUGGACGACGCGUGGGUGAAUCGCAAUGCAUUCGCCGCUCGCGCCACAGCGGCUGCAAAGCCCGGAGACUCUAUGGACUACUCGCUGUACAGCAUCUGGUCUCUGCGGGAUACUCUGGAAGACGUACCACCAGAGGAGGAAUUGAAGCCGGCGGCCGCAAAAGCUGCUGCGAUGUGGAUGAUCUACGCCUCACGGGAGCUGUGGCAGCGGGCCGUUGACAGGCAGACCUAUGAGGGCAAGUCGGCUAGGGCUGGCGAUUCUGAUCCCCUUAACGGUAAAGACUGGAAUGGGCACUCGAAGGAAAGAUGGGAGUUCUGGAUUCGCGCAUUUGAGAAGAGGAAAGACCUCUCAAACGAUGAGGAAACGAAGAUGGUGUUGCAGAAAGCAUUGAGAAGGAUGAGCCAAGCAGAGCAUGGGAGUGAUCCUUAA